GGUCCGCCGUGCACCUGCACAACUCGGCUCCGAUGCAGAGAUCCCGACCAGCUGAGCUCGUCUUCCGAGCUGUGUGUGUCUCGUGUAGCGGAAAGCAGAUUCUACAAGACGUCAGUGGAAUGGUUCGUCCAGGUCAAGUGUUAGGGGUCAUGGGACCGAGCGGCUCUGGGAAGACCACCUUACUUAAUGCUCUGAGCGGCAGGCUGAAAACAGACUCGGGCCUGAUCACCUUGAACGGAGAAACCCUUACUAAACAGCUGCGCAGAAAGAUCUGUUACGUCAUGCAACAGGAUAUCUUUUUCCCAGACCUCACUCUCCGCCAGACUCUCACA